AUGCGGGGGAGUGAUGGCCGUUUCAUUAAAGCGUUCACAGCGAAUCUUGGAGGGGGUUCGAUCACUCGAGCGGAGCUGGCUGGUAUUGUGUAUGGGUUGGAUCUUGCUUGGGAACAAGGGGCCAGGAAAGUCCUUCUACAAACAGACUCAGUAACUGCAAAAGCACUGAUUGAUAGCGCGACAGAGCAACAUAUGCAUUACACCCAGGUUGCAGAAAUCAGAAGGAGACUUGACCGAGACUGGACGGUUAGGAUAGAUCAUGUAUUCCGCGAAGCUAAUUUUGCUGCGGACCACCUCGCUUCUAUAGGGCAUUCGCACCCAGUAGGGGUGCAUGUGAUGGAUAGACCGACCACCUCUUUGCUGUACUGGUUGUUUUUUGAUCGGGUGGGGAGUGAAACCCCCCGGUUUGUUCGUCAGUAA